UUCAGACUCUUAUCUAAAAUGAGUCGGUUGGAUUGUUGAGAGCUGAGAAAGAAAGAAAUGAAUUCCUCCAUUGCUGUAUUCUCUCAAGCUCCAUCAUCUUUAUGUUCUUCUUCAAAGCUUGAUUCCUCUAAAACCCUAAUUUUUCUAUGCGACAGAAGAAACCGUAAUUGUUUUGGAUUUCACAAGAGGAAUUAUGGGUCUAGGAUCAUCUGUUCUGCAGGGGAUAAUACUUCUAGUUCCAUUCCAGCAGGAGAAAACAGCUCCAGCUUCUGUAUCAUAGAAGGACCAGAGACUGUUCAAGAUUUUGUUCAGAUGCAAUCAAAAGAGAUUCAAGAUAACAUUAGGAGUCGUCGUAAUAAAAUCUUUUUACUCAUGGAAGAGGUGAGGAGGUUAAGGGUACAACAGCGUAUAAAAAAUGCCAAAGCUCUUGAUGAGAGUAGUGAUGAGGAGGCAAAUGAAAUGCCUGAUAUCCCUUCAACUAUUCCUUUUCUCCCUUUUGUGACACCAAAGACUUUGAAGCAGCUUUACUUAACAAGCUUUUCAUUUAUAUCUGGGAUUAUUCUCUUCGGUGGUCUUAUAGCACCCACUCUUGAGCUGAAAUUAGGGAUUGGUGGCACGUCGUAUGAAGAUUUCAUUCGCAGUCUUCAUUUGCCAUUGCAAUUAAGUCAGGUCGAUCCCAUUGUUGCAUCCUUUUCAGGAGGAGCAGUGGGAGUCAUUUCAGCUUUAAUGUUGAUUGAAGUCAACAACGUUGAGCAACAAGAGAAGAAAAGGUGCAAGUACUGCGUCGGAACUGGAUACUUGGCAUGUGCAAGAUGUUCUGCCAGUGGAGUAUGUUUGAGCAUUGAACCAAUCUCAAUAAACGGUGCUUCUAAUCGUCCAUUGCGUGCACCAACAACCCAAAGAUGUCCAAACUGCUCUGGAGCAGGAAAGGUGAUGUGCCCAACAUGCUUAUGUACUGGAAUGCUUAUGGCUAGUGAACAUGACCCUCGAAUAGAACCCUUCGAAUGAAACUAACCCGAGCCUACUUUUCAACAUCAAUAAAUUACUGUUUAUAUCUGUUUGUAUUUGCAUUUGCAUUUUGUAAUAUGAUGUAGGUAUGGCAAGAACGGAUUCAGCUUCAGGUUUUCAAUGCCCUGAACUAAAUUCUUAUGAUAUAGAUUGUAGGGUUGAAAUUAAAUUGGUGAAUGUUGUAUUUAUUUAUUUAUUGAUGAAAUCAAUACAAUUCUAUUUGCCACUGUUAUUGUA